UUGCAAAUAACGCAAAGCAUAAUCUUUUGCAAUUCAACGCAACGCGUCGAAUUACUGGCUAAAAAAAUAACAGAUCUCGGAUACUGUUGUUAUUAUAUACACGCGAAAAUGGCGCAGGCACACCGAAAUCGCGUAUUCCAUGAUUUCCGUGCAGGGUUAUGCCGAAAUCUUGUGAGCAGUGAUCUAUUUACCCGCGGUAUUGAUGUUCAAGCUGUGAACGUUGUAAUCAAUUUUGACUUUCCGAAGAUGGCAGAGACAUAUCUCCAUCGAAUCGGUCGAUCUGGAAGAUUCGGCCACUUAGGUAUAGCAAUUAACCUAAUCACAUAUGAGGAUCGCUUCAACUUACAUCGUAUCGAACAAGAGCUUGGAACAGAAAUUAAACCUAUCCCAAAGGUGAUAGACCCCAGUUUGUACGUGGCGAGACCAGAAGACAAUAAUAGUAUGGAAGAAGGUAACGUGUCCAAGUAGUUUCGAUACAUUGGUGGUAAAAUGAAACUUCACACACGCUCAAAGAGUUUAAAGUGUGUGCUAAAGUGUGUCAAAGAGUGAGUUUACUUGUAAAUACAGCGUACUUUAAGUAUGAGUAAUGAGUUGAGUGAUUCAAGUGUCGCGCAAAUGUCAGUGCGAAUCAUUUCUUUGUACAUAAAUACAUUUAAAUGUACAUAAGCUAAAGCAAAUCAGAGUCAAGCCAUUAUCAAGAUGCACAAUAUGUAAACAGAUAUG